AUGCUCGCUCCUCAACAAUACAUCAAUGCCGGUCCAUCGCUGUCCGGCUGGGACAAGUCACAGCCUGAGGUCAAACCAGAUGAAGGCUUCGCUGACAUCCAAACCGCCUUCAAGGCUGGCAAGGAAUACGUCGUUCCAUGGGGAAGUCAAGAAGAGAUUCGUAUUGAGCAGGCAAUGCAGGAUCUCGGCACGUACCUAACCGACCUUGACCACUCACUCUCUUACGAGGGAACGGACAAGAAGGUAGUGUGGCGAAAGUCAUGCUGGUUUGCCAGUCAUGGUAUCGGUCACCCAUUUCUAGACUCCGAGAGCGACAUUGCCAAGUUCGACGGAGAUCUCAAAGACGGUCUUACGGGUCUGCAGGCCUUGCACAGCCCAAAGAUUAGAGAUUCAAUGCAUUGCCUCAAAUCGGUCCUUGACAGUUCUUUGGUAAGGACCAGUAUGGCUGUAGGCAUUGACCCAGAGCUAGUCCAGCGAUGCACCGUUCGCUACCGUGCCAUCAAGUAUACGCCCCACGCCGGAGCUCCAGGCGGUAUCGGUCUUCACCCAGACGGCAACCUUCUGUCCGCACUGAUCACAAACGGUCCAGGGCUUCGUGUCUACGACCUAGAUGGAACGGUCCGUUUUCCUGGCCACAAAGGCACCAUCAUGAUGGGUGGCUCAACGCUCUAUCGAUGGGCCAACGAGUUUCUCCCGACUUUCCACGAUGUUGACAUCAGUGGAGAUGAGAUCAAGGUGUCCAUCGUAGCGUUCUUCAACUUCCCUGAUAUGGAGACAAUACCGCGGACUUUGCGGCCUGAGGGAGAUGCUUUCUUCCAUGAUAUUCGACGUAUCAAGGAGGAUGAUAAACUCCCUACUGGAGAGUUGUCCGAGUUGUGGGAUAUCAUUAUUAAGAACCAUAAGCUGUCACUACCUCCUGUACGUGCAAGUGGGUGA